GGCCAAUGUUCAUGCAUGAUGAGCGUCCAUGUCGUUCCGUCCCGGCGUCGCAUUCGCCUCGCCGUAAAGCUCACGGCUCCGUCCCUACCAACAGCGACACCGACGCCCGACGCCGACGACCCACCACCCUCCGCCUCGCCUCGCCCCACUCCGCCCCGUGCCCGUACCCAUGCGCGCGCGCGUGAGCCACACCUAAAAGCCCAUCGAUCCCAUCCACCCCAUGGUCGCCGCGGCGGAUCCAUACGCUGGCCAUGGCCGCGCGCCGCCUCCUCAGCGCCCUCGACGUCCGCGCCUCGCACCUGCCGAGGCCUCCGCCGCCGCCGCCUUCACCGGCCCAGCAGGGGGCGUCCUUCCCCAUGCUGCUCCCGGUCUUCCUCCUCUUCGUCCUCCUGCUCUGCUUCCUCUCCAUCUUCCUCCUCCGCGACCUCCUCCGCUUCUUCUCCCUCUGGCUCCGCCGCCGCCGCCGCCUCCAGUCCAGCGACGCGGACGCCGCCACGGGCGAAGAAGGCGAGCCCGCGCCCGCGCCGCGCAAGCCGGCGGGCCUGGACCCCGCCGUCAUCGCCUCGUUCCCCACGGUGCGGUUCGAGGCCGACGCCGCCGGCUCCGCGGCGCCGGCGGAGUGCGCGGUCUGCCUGUCCGAGUUCGCGCCCGGCGACGCCGUCCGGCCGCUCACCGUCUGCCGCCACGCCUUCCACGCCGCGUGCAUCGACUCGUGGCUCGGCGCGCACACCACGUGUCCGGUCUGCCGCACCGACCUCGACGCGCCGCCCAACGAGGAGAUCGCCUUCGCCGAAGAACACGGACACAGUGGCCUCACUGCAGCGGCGGUCCACGAGGCCACUGGACACCGGACAACGUCAUCACCUCCGGCAACUGACCACCGGUAACCAACGGUCGCCGGCCACGCAACACUGAGUGGCGAUCCGGUGUGUCGCGUUCUCCAAAUUUUGUUGAAUCCUUUUUAGUACUAGUAGUUGGUAGGAAUUGGUAGCUUAGGUACGUUCAUGCAUGGGACGUGUGUAUAUACCGAAAUAUUUCCAAAUAAAUGUAAGCGUGGAUAUUUUUCACUUA